CGAACGCAACGGACACACGGCCAUGCAUGCCAUGUCGGAAGAUCGCUCUGGUUAUUUCGACAAAAAUCACAACAAUCCGUAUUCACCAAUGCCUACUUUUCUGGAGAAAAUAAUGGAGAUUGUGCCUAGGGCACUGCCAAAUAUUCCAGAAUCUAUCCACAGCGCUAUAAUUGAUAGAAUUGUAAAUGCUGGCGGCUUUACAUCAACACAAGAACUCAAAUAUGUAAAAGAGGAUGACUUUGCAGACUUACUGCCUCUUGUAAGACGACGACAGCUUUUGGAAGUAUUCCAAAUAGAGAGUAAAGUGAUCACAGUAAACCUUGAAAUCGUUCCAUCCUCCACCACCGAAGUCAGCAACAACUGUCUAUCAAUCAUCAGUCCAUCUAGAAGUGAGGACAGCCCGUCUGCCUCCCAGCCUUACCCAGAAAGUUUCGCCGAUCAGCGAGACAAUGGACAGCUUCUAGAUGGUGGAUACGCAUCUCUGCUGAUUCAAGUGAAAAAUCGCAUCGAAAAUCUGAACCGUGCAAGCAGUUUUCAUCAGCACCGUUCAGCUAGCCAUGGACAAAAGAGAGGGCCUACUGAUACAUACGGAUGUACAAGAUUCCAGCCUAGCCUCCCUGCAGAAGAGACUGAGGACACAAUGGAGACCAAGCGUCAACAACUGGAAGAGACCUACAGUCAGGAUGGCACAGCUGGUGCUGAGAGACCACAGGUAAAGAAGCUGAUGGAUUCUACUUUCUACCUGCAGCGGUCCCACAUCAAUGUUGUACCUACACCAACCAUUGCAACUUUAAAAGCAAAGUGGCCGUACUUGUUCAGUCACAAAGGACUAUACUCCCACUUUGAGCUUCUUACUGAUAUUCCUGUGCUGCGUAGCCUUGACCUUGCCAUGGAAGAGUGUGGCAAAGUGAUUGUGGAAAUGUUCAAGACUAAACCGACAAAUGCAAGGAUGAAGGAAGUUCUUUGUCAGCUUGAUGAUGAUGUCGAGCUGUCCUAUCAAGUCAUCCAUCUUCUUCUGUCUCACUUUUCCGAAGAUGUCUCAGGACUCAUUGUUCUUGCAGAUGGAUAUGCCACUGCAGCUGACCUCGAGAGUUCACUCUCUUUACCUGCAACGCCUCGUCUGAUACUUCUUGGAGAAACAGGAAGCCGCUUCCAACGCUGGAUGCUCAGCAUUGAGGGCCAGAUUGUGUGCAAAGGGAUCCAGUCCACCUUUGUGACAGGGCUGGCGUCUUUUUUCUCCUGUUUUUACAUCUUCAACCUACAGUACCAAGAGGAGGCAGCCUGCACACUUGAAUUCAUCCAGAGACGCUUUGUGGGCAUAAACCCAGAAAAAGGGACAAAGGCUGCAAAGGGGAAAAAACGAAGAACGGUCAAUUCACACGUCGCCAGCCUCUUGCGCAGACUCAUGGACUUCCAGUGGGAUUUCAUUUGAAAAAGACCCAAGACUUCCCAAAGGAUCCUCAUUGUGUGCUUUGAGAAAAUGGUUAGGUCUAUGCGGUUACAGUGUUUUUAUUGUUUAUUGCUCUUUAUUGACCAGGAGUUCCAGUUAAGAGUUAAGUCUUGGCUUGAAUGUAUUGAUACAUGUUGAAUUUCAGUGGUUUGGUUAACAUUAAGUGUUGAGGUUCAGUAUUUUGUUAUAAUGAACAAUGUAUGUGUUUAAAAAAAUGUAUUUGCUACUUUUUAAGCCAUGAACAUGAGAACAUGAGAUUUAUUUGUGAUUAAUCAGCCUAUGUGUAGCAUUUUUGAGUGACCAGGAGUCAAAGGGAAUGUCGUUGGUUUUAGUCUUUUUUGCAUAAUUUUAGCAGUUCAGGGAACAUUGAAUGUUGUGGUUUAGGGCCAUAUCUUGCUAGUUUAAGACCGACGCAGUUGUCAAUUUUGCAUCCAGCGCCCGCGUCG